GCCGGGCCGAGCGGGGCCGGGCGGAGCCGAGCUUGUCCGAACGGAAUCGGACGGGGCGGAGCGCCGGGGCCGAGCUCAAGCCGCCGCCACAGCGAUGAAGCGGGACCGGCUCGGGCGCUUCCUGUCGCCCGGGGUGUCCGGACAGCGCGGGAGCUCCGGUGGCGGCAGCUGUGGCGGUGGCCGGGCCCGGGGCCGCCCCUCCCGCAGCGGUCCCGACGUGGCCGAGGCGGCGGCUUUGGUGGCUGCGCGGCUGGGCUGGGGCCCGACGCGGGCCUGCGCGGACGCGGGCGAGGACGGCGCCGACGAGGCAGGAACGGCCCGGGCCCUGGCCAUGGGGCACUGUCGCCUCUGUCACGGGAAGUUCUCCUCGCGGAGUCUCCGCAGCAUCUCUGGCAGGGCGCCUGGGGAGAGCUCAGAAAGGCCGCCCCCUGGGGACCGUGUUUUUGUCCGGGACUUCCAGCGCCUCCUGGGCGUGGCCGUCCGCCAGGACCCGGCUCUGUCCCAGUUUGUCUGCAAGAACUGCCACACCCAGUUCUACCAGUGCCACGGGCUCCUCGCGUCCUUCCUGCAGAGCGUCAACGUCCCCCCCACGGGCCGCCGGAAGCCUUGUGCAAACCGCUGGGCCCACUCCUGCUCUCAGUGGGCGGCGCUGCUCCUUCGCAGGGUCGGUGUGCAGCCUCGGACAGGGGCGGAGGAGGGAGCGUGUGUGGUGGACCUGAUCGCCUCGAGCCCCCAGGGCCUGCGCAGCUUGGUGGGGUGGGUGCACGGACACGCGGCCAGCUGCGGGGCCCUGCCCAGCCUCCAGAGGACCCUGUCCUCCGAGUACUGUGGCAUCGUCCGGGCCGUGUGGGGCUGCGACCGAGGGCACGACUACACCAUGGACGCCGACUCCAGCUGCGGGGCCCUCUUGCUGGACGGCGCCUUGGGUGUCAGGCGGACGUGGGACAAGGAUUCGGCCCCGGGGCUCCCCCGGCAUCGGGGGUCCAGCCCCAGCGGGGCUGCCCCUCAGAGCUCCCAGGGCAGAGCGACCGCGGCCGAGACCGAGACGCUGCCCAGCAUGAACACAGCCCGGCCUCCUUCAGAUGGCGACCAGGUGGGGCCUGGGCCGGGCCCCCCGCCUCAGCCAAGCCUCCCCCAAAGCGGGGCACCAGGGCAGUUGGGUGAGAAGCAGGUUCCAUCUCCAACCUCGGAUGAUCGGGUAAAAGACGAGUUCAGUGACCUUUCUGAGGGAGACUUCCUGAGUGAAGACGAAAAUGACAAGAAGCAGAAUGCCCAGUCCUCAGACGAGUCCUUUGAGCCCUACCCAGAAAAGAAGAUCUCUGGUAAGAAGAGUGAAAGCAAAGAAGCCAAGAAGUCAGAAGAACCCAAAAUUCGAAAGAAACCUGGGCCCAAGCCGGGCUGGAAGGGCAAGCCGCGCUGUGAGAGGGAGGAGCUGCCCACCAUCUACAAGUGUCCUCACCAGGGCUGCACGGCCGUGUACCGUGGGGCUGACGGCAUGAAGAAGCACAUCAAGGAGCACCACGAGGAAGUCCGAGAGAGGCCCUGCCCGCACCCCGGCUGCAACAAGGUGUUCAUGAUCGACCGCUACCUGCAGCGCCACGUCAAGCUCAUCCACACAGAGGUGCGGAACUAUAUCUGUGACGAGUGUGGGCAGACCUUCAAGCAGCGGAAGCACCUCCUGGUCCACCAGAUGCGCCACUCAGGAGCCAAGCCGCUGCAGUGCGAAGUCUGCGGGUUCCAGUGCCGGCAGCGGGCAUCCCUGAAGUACCACAUGACUAAGCACAAGGCCGAGACGGAGCUGGACUUUGCCUGUGACCAGUGUGGCCGGCGGUUCGAGAAGGCUCACAACCUCAACGUGCACAUGUCCAUGGUGCACCCCCUGACGCAGACCCCGGACAAGGCCGCGGAGCCCCCGCCUGGGCCUGCGGCGGGGCAGGCCGUGAAGGCUGAGCCCACCUGAGGGCACGCCCACCCCCGAGCUCAGUGGGCAGUGACGGGGGUUCAGGCCUCACGGCACAGCUCUGCACCCCGACGAGCCCCCACCCCGCGUGCUGGGCGGCAGGGGCUCAGCACACAGCUCACAGGGCCUUGUGGCUUCUGCUCCGGGACCGGCAGUUUCUUCUCCUAUAAACAGAGUGACUUGGGGCCAGAGGUAGACUUCAAAGAAUUGAUUCCUCUUCCCUGCUAAUGCAGUCGAGGUUUGUAACCCACUUUUCAGGGCAACGAGAGCUCCACGUUACGCUUGUAAUAAAUUAUUUACCGAGGAGCUGGGCUAUGCCCUGUGCAGAUCCUGUCAGAAGAGACGGGGUUCCUGGUAGAGGUCAGGGUCCAGCACGGCCUGCCGCCUGCUGAGGAGGGCGGCACGCACUUCCGGGUCACAGUCCGCGCUCACGCCCAGCAGCUGCAAGAAAGCCAGUGUGCUGGGCCUGUGCUGCCCAUGGCCCCCAAACACCCAGGGCCCGGGGAGACGCCAAGUGCUGGACGCCACAUGCUCAUUUUCCCGAAGGCGUUCAGCACCCUCACAGUGAACAGUAAUGGGGACAUGAAGACAGACAGCAAGGCGAGCACCUGGGCGUUACCUCUGCCAUGUCUGAGAAGCUCCUUUUCGGGCACCGAGGUAUCAACUGCAGCAGAAAAAGACGAGCGUUUGUUAUCAGGCUUACGGGGUCGCCCUGGAGAGAAGAUAGCCAGAGCCGCGGUCAGGGUGCUCACAGCUGCGCGCUGCGCCAGGAGGGGCUGCCCGUCCCCAAGAGCUGGCCGCCCGGGUCCGUCUGGAGACAGGCCUGGCCCUGCACCUGCCUGGGCCUGGAGGUCCCCACUGUGGGCCAGAGUCCAGACCGCACCAGUUUCCCCAGCCACGAAGAGGCCCACGAGCUUCAGGUACAUGUUAACAGCAACGUGCAGGAAGGCGUCUUCCUGGAGGAGGGCAUCCUCGUCAAAGUAGGACAGGAGGCUGAAAACAGACGGACGUCAGGUGACCCGGACCUCACUGAGGCCAGUGCAGGCAGCAGAGGAGCAGCCUUUCCCAUCUCGAGGGAGCCCUGCUGCCCCUCCCCUGACCAGCAGGCUCCGGGGGUUACCUGUAGAAGGCGACCGGCAGCAGCCUGAUGUGGUGGUCGGGGGCCAGGCGGAGGAGGGUGCGCCCCAGGCUGGCAUCUGCAACACAGAGGGGCUCUGUCAGCAGCGCGGGUGCCUCCCUGCAGGGUCAGGGUCUUCACGGGCGUCGUGUGCCUGGUGAUGCAGGGGUGAUGUCCUCGUGCUGCAGAGUAGAGCUUGGGGGCUGGCGUCCCUGGGGUCCUCGAUACUCCACUAAAUUAUUUUGCUUAAAUGAGUCUAUAUACUUACCAAGAACAGAAACUUGCAAAAAUGAGUUUUCAAAGUGAGCCCCAAGGAGAGGCUCAUGUUUAACCAUCUGAAAGUUGCUUCUGAAGAGAAGGACUAAAGAAUGGGGCCACAGUCUGACCCUGCCGCCCCCUGUGCUCCCGGCAGAGGGCUGGGAACCAGGACAGACACAGGCUGGCCGGUCGGUCUCCGGAUUUCUCACCCGUCUCCGUCAACUGAAAGAGCAGCAGCCAGGAAAUCCUCUUCCUCUGCAGACACCCCAGGACCUCGGCACAGACGUUCAGAGCCUUCAGGGAGCCAAUGGCCUGUUACCCACAGAAGAAGAGGGAGAAGGACCCUAAGGUGACAGCUGUGCAAGGAAGAGGUGUCCACCUGGGGCCUCUGGACAGAAGACACCAAGAGGCGGGCCAGCGGCCUGGGGUUUUCUCUCCUGAGAAAGCCUUCGACACAAAGGUCCCAGGUGCCCCCCCCACCAAGAGACCCUAACUCAGGAGGUCUCGGGGGAGACCCAUGGUUUCAAGUGCCCUGGGGGGUCGUGCCAGCUGCUCGCUGCCCUGCCCACGGCAGCAGAGGGGUGACCUACCUGCGGGGUCAGAUGUGAAGAGAGCAGGCCCAUCAAGGAAAAAAAAAACAGGAAAACCAACAGCUGCAAAUAAAAACAGGUCCACUCACAACAUAAAGCUACCGGUGCUGUGUUCCCUUAAAGUAAUUCUAAAUGAAGAAAGAAUACAUUCCUUGUUAACAAUUUACAGGCCUAGGUUAUAAAUCUCUUAAGUGGAUCUCCAGAGAAAGAAAAUUUUCCAGUCACUCUUAAAGAGAGAAUUUAAUGGGUUAUAAACUAUUACUGCUUGGGGACCUGUCUCUGCUGAUCCCCCAGGCCAGAGUGUGUGGAGGUGACAGUGGCCUGGAGGCUCUGGAGCCACUACAAUCCUUCCAGCAAAAACAACCUGAAAACUCUUAAAAAUAGACUCUCCCUGGUAGUUUCUUACUUUAAAUUAUAAUCGCCAAAAACUCACAGCUCAGCAACUGUUCUCAGGCAGGUGUGUAUGGCCUGAGCUACUGGGGGACCCUGGCUUUCAUAGAACCAGGGAUUCAGCUGGGGGAAACACGGGAGCACGCCACAGCUCUGGGUAGGGGGUCCUGGGGGGGUCCCACAGCUCCCAGUGGGGCCACCAGCCUGCCAUCCGAGCAGCCCUCUGUCCACCCUUGGUCUCUGCCAGCAGCUAACUGGGGUGCCUUGAGGCUAUGAAACGGAAGGUCCCGCUGGACAGCUGGCAGCCAGCCCUAACCCCACCCCCACCCCGGGGUUGCGUUGAUAAACAGGCCAAAUAAACGCACUUGAGACUGAAA